CUCAACUCCGCAUAGCGCAACAGUAAGCCAAGAGAAGCGCUCACUAAGAAAAGUUUGACUAAAAAAAUGGCUAAGUGCGAGACUACCGCGUUUCUUUCCUUUUUCACCAUUACAACACGAAAAAGGAUUUAAAAGGAUCUAUUUGAAUCUGCCAGCAUUGCAACGUUGGAGGAUUUUAUUUUGCACUUUUUGGGGAUUUGUCGCACGGGAAAAAAAAAAGAACUUCUAGGGUGUCUUCUGUUUUGGACGGGGAAAGUAAAAAUGUAUUCAUCCAGGCAGCCGCGCACUUUUGCGGGCUCCGUGGUGUUUUUCUUGCUGUUUUGCGGGGUUGCUGGGAACACACGGACGUGUCCCGCUCCGUGCGCUUGUUUGGGGGAUCUAGUGGACUGCAGUCGACUGAAAAGAGGACAAAUUCCAAACUCUCUCCCGGAAUGGACAGUUCAACUGGACCUGAGCCACAAUAAAUUACAGGUGCUCGACAGCACUUUGUUUUCCAAACUGCGAUAUCUGAACGAAAUCAAGCUGAACCACAACGAACUGGAUUCGAUACCUGACUUGGGUCCGUGCGCGUCCAACGUCACCACGUUGAUUCUAGCAAACAACAGGUUAUCCAAGAUGGCCGCCGAGCAGCUCAGGCCUUUCCUCGCCCUGGAAACGCUGGACCUCAGCAACAACAACAUUGUGGAAAUCAAGGCCAACUCUUUCCCCGUUUUGCCUCUCAAGAACUUAUUCCUCAACAACAAUCGCAUCUCCUCGUUGGAGACGGGCUGCUUCGGUAAUCUGUCCAACAGUCUUCAGGUUCUCAGACUCAACCGCAACCGUCUCUCCUCCAUCCCGGCCAAAAUCUUCCAGCUGCCCAAUUUGCAACACCUGGAGCUAAGCCGGAAUCGAGUGCGCCGGGUGGAAGGUUUGACCUUCCACGGUCUGCAGGCCCUUCGCUCUCUGAAGAUGCAGAGGAACGGCCUGACUCGCCUCAUGGACGGGGCCUUCUGGGGCCUCGGCAACAUGGAAGUCCUGCAGUUGGACUACAACAACCUGACGGAGGUGAGCAAGGGCUGGCUCUACGGCCUGCUGACUCUGCAGCAGCUCCACCUCGGCCACAACGCCAUCAGCAGGAUCCGAGCCGACGCCUGGGAGUUCUGCCAGAAACUCAGCGAGCUGAACCUUUCUUCCAACCACCUGUCCCGACUGGAAGAAUCCAGUUUCGUGGGACUCAGCUUGCUCGACGAGCUUCACAUCGGGAAUAAUCGCGUUAGUUUCAUCGCCGACGGAGCAUUUCGAGGCCUCUCCAGCCUGCAGACGCUGGAUCUUCAAAAUAAUGAAAUCUCCUGGACCAUCGAGGACAUGAACGGGCCUUUCUCAGCGUUGGACAAUUUGAAGAGAAUAUUUUUACAAGGAAACCAAAUCCGAUCAGUUACCAAGAAGUCCUUCUCUGGCCUCGACGCUUUACAGCACCUCGACUUAAGCAAUAACGCCAUCAUGUCCAUCCAAGCCAAUGCUUUCUCUCAGAUGAAAAAUCUACAAGAGCUGCGACUGAACACCUCCAGCUUGUUGUGCGACUGCCAGCUCAAGUGGCUUCCAGUCUGGGUGGCAGAACAAACUUUCCUCCCGAGCGUCAAUGCCAGCUGCGCCCACCCGCAGAUGCUGAAGGGCCGCAGCGUGUUCGCCGUUGGCCCCGAGGAGUUCGUGUGCGACGAUUUCCCAAAGCCUCAGAUCACCAUUCAGCCGGAGACCCAGUCGGCUCUGAAAGGAUCCAACGUGACCUUCGUGUGCUCGGCCGCGAGCUCCAGCGACUCGCCUAUGACCUUCGCCUGGAAGAAAGACAACGAGGUCCUUAACGACCCCGAGAUCCACAACCAGGCCCACUUGAGGGUGCAGGGAAGUUCCGGCGGCGAGACCGAGGUGACGGAGUACACAACCACGCUGCAGCUGCGUGACGUGCAGUUCUCCAGCGAGGGGAAAUACCAGUGCGUCAUCUCCAACCACUUUGGAUCUUCGUACUCCACCAAGGCCAGGCUCACGGUUAAUAUGCUUCCUUCCUUCACCAAAAUGCCGACGGACUUGAGUAUCCGCGCCGGAGCAACGGCCAGGCUCGAAUGCGCCGCGGUGGGUCACCCGUCGCCUCAGAUCGCCUGGCAGAAAGACGGCGGCAUCGACUUCCCCGCCGCCCGCGAACGCCGAAUGCAUGUCAUGCCGGAGGACGACGUCUUCUUCAUGGUGGACGUCAAGACGGAGGACAUUGGGGUUUACAGCUGCACUGCUCAGAACAUCGCCGGGGCCAUUUCGGCUAAUGCUACGCUAACGGUUUUAGAAACGCCCUCUUUCCUACGACCCCUUAUGGACCGCACGGUAGCCAAGGGCGAAACGGCCGUACUCCAAUGUAUCGCAGGCGGCAGCCCCGCUCCGAGACUUAACUGGACCAAAGACGACAGUCCUUUAGUGGUGACCGAGCGCCAUUUCUUCGCCGCCGCCAAUCAGCUCCUCAUCAUCGUGGACGCCGCCGAGGCGGAUGUCGGGAAGUACACCUGCGAGAUGUCCAACGCUCUGGGCACCGAACGGGGGAACAUCAGGCUCUCCGUCAUGCCCAACCCAAAUUGCGACUCUGGAGCCCAAGGAGGGAUCGGGGUCGGGAUCAUCGGCGGAACGGGCUCGGAAGACGACGGCUGGACCACGGUGGGCAUCGUCAUCAUAGCCGUGGUGUGUUGCGUCGUUGGCACCUCGCUAGUGUGGGUGGUGAUCAUCUACCACACUCGACGGCGGAACGAGGACUGCAGUGUCACCAACACCGACGAGACCAACCUGCCAGCAGAUAUCCCAAGCUACCUCUCCUCUCAAGGCACUCUUGCGGACCGCCAGGAUGGCUACAUCCCAUCUGAGAGCGGCAGCAGCCAUCAGUACAUGGCCUCAUCCAUUAGCGGCUUCUACUUGCAGCCCAAAGACAUGAAUGGUCUUUGUCAGCUGGAUACAGGAAGUGAAGCAGAGAUGGAAGCGGCGUCCAUCGACCCUCUUCUCUGCCAUUACCAAGGUCCGAUAAGCACACUGCUUCGCCGAGAUUUGUACCCGACUGAAUUGGCCGAGGUCUACACAGGGUGCUCCGUUGACCCAAGACCCGUUUGCACCGAGUCCUACAGUGGAAGUCUGACCAGACCUAAAAGACAGGACUACCUCCUCUCGGAGCCCUUUGACCUUUGCUCCUCUACGAUCCUGAUGCAGCUCCCCAAUGCCAGCCUCCACCUUGGCCCCUCCCAUCAGCAGACCGGCCGCCGACCAUCCAUGGAGGAGCUAGAACCGUCCAACUACGAGUCUCCGCCUCCUUACAACAGCUUCAUGGGCACGUUUGGGAAAUCGCCCUGGAGGCCUCAGCAGGACUUGUACUCGGGAUACGGCCAACCUCCGACGACGUGUAACGAAAACCCUUACGCUGGCGUCGACACGGAGUCGGAUCGCGAAGAGGACAACUCGGAAUCGGAGCAGAGCCGCAGCGUUUACGAACAGCCGUUUGACAGCAACAGGACGGACUUUUCUCAAAACGGAACGAGCUGUUAGCUGAGAGACUCAUUUUCCAUGAAGAGAUUACCAAAUAUUUUGAAAAUAAUACUUCUACCUCACUGAGCCGACACCUUUGGAAUGAAAGACUGCGCAACAAGUGAAUGUAAAAGAGGACAUUCCGAAAAAAAAGUACAAGCCUUGUGCUUUUUGGAAACAGCUUCACUAGAUGAAUAUAAACAUUUUAUAGAAAUAUUUUAUAUUUUGUAAAUUGUAUAUAAACAGAUUACAUUAUUUUUGCUUAACAUCUGUCAUGUAAGGGAAUGUUGCCGCGCCCAGCCAGUUCAGUUAUUCCAAGUUUUUUUAUUUUAUUUGGUUAUGUGCUUUCAAUGAAGCAAUGUUUUGCACAUAUGUAAACAGAAUAAAAACACCCGAAUGUGUGCUGCUGCUACAUUCA